CCGAGGUUGGUGCACCUUCAUCUAAUUUGAUGAAGAUCGAUGUCCCUCGCGUAGAUGACGACACCUGCAACACCAUUUACAACAACACCAUAGUCCCAUCGAUGAUUUGCUAUGGCGAAGAUGUUAGAGAUACUUGGUUUGGAGGUACAUUGAAUAAAAAUUUCUAAAAUUUCUAAAUUUUCUUUUGAAUAUCUAUUUCAUAUUUCCAAUAGAUUUAGGUGGCCCCAUCCUUUGUGGUGAUAACCAAACUUUGUGCGGUAUAGCGUCUUGGAGACAUGGUUUCGCACAACUAAAUUACCCCGGCGUUUACGUCGAGCCCUCAUAUUUCGGUGAAUGGAUUCGUGGAACAAUUGCCCCAGUUGAUGAAAACCCAAGCCCAGUGGUGUCGAGUAAGUUAUGUACAUAAAUCCAUUUUAAAGUUUAAAAAUUAAAUACAAAGUAUCAUGACAUAAUUGUCUUUUGUAGUUACUACCUGUGGUGGCCGCAUCGACGCAUCGUCCGGCGAAAUCAAAUUCCAACUUGGCGCGUCCAUUCGUGCUAAUCAGAAAUGUGUCUGGGUGGUCAAGGCUACAUAUGAGUCAGUCCGAUUCCGGCUUUCAGGCCUAAGCAAAAAGGAUGGACUUUAUUUGACCAAUUUUAACAGUUCUGGACCUGUCACACACCAGCGAAUGUAAAUUAGUAUAUUUAAAUAUAAUUCAUAUUUAAUACCAAAACUAAAAUGUUUCGGCUAUUUAGGACAUCCGUCGGACAAAACUACACCGUCUCCUCUGGCUACGUCCUCGUCACUUUGAGCGUUGGGCACGCACCUACUCGCGGGUUCCGGCUAGAAUUCUUCUCUUCCGGGUUUUAUGAUGCUACCCGAGAUAUCACCGGUUUCGCAAGUCUCAAUUCGAAUAGUGGAAACUGUUCAUACCCCAUGGGUGGAGGGUCAUACAGAAAUAAUGAAAAUGCUCUCUUUGUCAUCAAUCCCAUCGUGCCUGCCAUGAGGACCGUCAUGUUCACAAGAAUGGACGUUGAAAACCACCCCUAUUGCCGAUUUGACGCUGUCACAGUUUACAACUGGUUUGACAAUCAGUACACCCAAGUCACCAGACAGUGCGGAACAUCCAUACCGCCAACGACAACGCUGCAAUCGGGUUUGGGUUUGGUCACUUUUGUCUCUGAUUAUAGCGUUGCGCGGACAGGUUUCGAUUUUGAAUGGCUUUAAAUAUAGGAACAUUGUAUGGCCACGAUUCAAUUUUAAAAUAAUAUAUUUAAACUUGCAUUAACUAAAAAUUGCAGUGUUGGGAAAAUUUAAAUUCAUUAUAUUAUUUUGUAUCAUUUUACAUCAUGUAUUUUGCAUUCACUAUAUUUAUAACUUAUCUUGUCAUGCAUAUUUAAAUUGUUAAGUCUGCACCUAUUUGACUGUGCAUUUGCGUAUAUUUGUAUUAGAUUCCGUCGAUACAACGACAGAUAAUUAGGUAAACAUUUCCACUAUCAAGCCCGAACUGCUGCCCGACUUUUCU